AUGAGUCGUUCCCACAGCAGCGGAGGAGGGUCUAACAACCUUCUUCAGAAUGUUGUUACUGCUGAAGAACAAAGAAGAUUGGCUCGGAUGCGAGAUGAGGAUGGAACUUUGAUUAAGAGUGAUAAAGGAGGGUGUAGAGCUCUUGCCAAUGUCUUUGAACGGAAUACACUCAAAGAUAAUAACAACCACUGGAACCACUAG